AUGCUUACUCACCAACCUACGGAGCCGUUCGCGUUCGUCGGAGCCGACUUCGUUGGACCCCUUCCCCGGACCCGGCGGGGAAACACCAUGCUCCUAGUUUUCAUCGAUGUAUUCUCCAAGUGGGUAGAGUUUAUCCCAUUAAAGAAGGCCGCCCAACUGGAGUUCGGAUCCCGAGAAAGGAUCCUCUCUCGCGUUGGAGCCCCCAGGAGGUUGAUUUGCGACAACGGCACGCAAUUCACCAGCCGAAGCUUCCGGGCGUACUGCCGGAACAACGGUAUUCAACUGGAAUACACCGCUCCGGUCUCCCCCAGCAAAAUCCGACGGAGCGCCCAACCGUACACUCAAGACAAUGAUAGCACAAUAUAUAGCACGGGGUGUAGUCCGGCUUAUCUAGUACAAGGUCGGGAGCCUAGGUUGCCAGGUGGCCUCUUCGAUGCGGUCGCAUCUGACUUACAUGUCUUGCCUUGGGACCCAAGGGAACGAGCCAAAAGGCUUCAGGAAGCGUUCCGCACCGCCAUGGAAACCAACCAGAAAGCUUCUCAACAACAAAAUCGACACUACAACCUGCGGCGACACGAGUGGCGACCCCAAAUAGGUUCACAGGUGCUAGUCCGUCUUCACGAUCUGUCCAGGGCCAGCGAGGGCUUUAACGCAAAACUUGCACCGAAGUGCGCGGGUCCGUUUCAGGUGGUGGAAUUUCUAUCAUCGGAUGUCGUGCGGAAACAGCAGGAGCGAUUCUCAACCCACACUUGA